AUGUCUUUUAGAUCCACAACUGGAUCGCUUUUACGGAACAGGAAGGUGCUCUUCCUUCUAUUUGUGGGGCUUUUUUUCACUGUUACCGUCCACACUUUACACGGCCAGGGCAUUUCGGUUCAGUAUCGUGAAGUGGCCCCCCAUUCGCUGGUACUUUCCUAUGCUACCGUGUCACAGACCAUUGUGGAGAAUAACUUGGUCACCGAUGUCAGAAUCCAGAAAUGCUUGAAGGGCUUCUCUUGUCUGGCUCCCGCUCAGGGCUCGCCUAAGAGUACAUGGAAUAAGAUCGAGACGAAACUCAACUUGCAUCCCGUGUCUACUUCUUUCUACAACUACUACUUGUACGUGGAAAAGACCCAUGCUAGCGACGCCUCUCGUUACGUCACUGAUAUCCAGUUUACUCCUUCGUCUAAGGCGCCUUCCGAUAAGGACAAGUGGUUGAGCCAUAAGGUCGCUAACUCGCUUUACAUCUGGAUCAACUAUAUGGAAGCGGCCGACUUUGAAACCCCAAUUGUCCGUGACUUUAACCUUUUGUUUGGUGUUCACGACUUGAAGGACGCAAGACAGCAUUGGAAGUACACUCCGCUGCCCAUCCCAUUGCCUGUGAAGCAGUCCAUUCAACCCCACGCUUCCAUGUUGGCCAUUUCUAUCAAUGACGAGAUGCCAAUUCUCAACAAGGCCAUGGAAUUCGAGACUGUGCUUAAAAAGAACAGUUUCGUUACCACCGUGGAACCUAAAUUCAAGAUUGUUCAGCUCAGUGAUUUGCAUAUUGGUCUGGAUCAGGGCCGCUGUGAAGGUGACAACUGUAAGUUUGAUAGCCAGACUUUGGAGUUUAUCAGCAGUGCCAUUGAGACCGAAGGCGAUGUCAAGUUAGUGGUUGUCACUGGUGACAUCAUCGACAUGGGCCGUGUUAAGCAUCUUGAGUCUGCCAUUUUGAAGGCAUUAUCUCCUAUCUUGGAGCUCAAGAUUCCUUUCGUUAUCACUUUCGGUGACUCCGAUUGGGAUUGGGAUAACUACCACACCAAGAUCAACAUCCUGAAUUUCGUCGCUAGUUUGCCAAACUGCUACAACAAGGAUAUCUCCCAGGCUGACCACCGUAUGCAUGGUGUCACCAACUACAAUAUCAAGGUGUUCCGUGAACCACCUGCAUCUGAAGGAAACGAAUUCGACUACAAUCAGCUUGAUCUUGGUAAUCCUGAUGCUAUCGUUACCAUUUUGGACUCCGAAUACGCUCAAGUUGAUGCCACCCAAAGUAACUUCAUGUACAGAGUGACCCUGCAUUUGCGUGAUGAGAUGGAGCACAGACUCUUGUUCUUCCAUUACCCACUUCCAAACUUCCGUCCUGAUAAGGAAUUCAAGCUCAUUGGCUCCUACAAUGAGAAGCAUAAGCUCGAAACACCUACCGACAGAAAGUUCCUCCAUGACGCCAUCGACUGUGGCUACAAGGCCAUUUCCGUAGGCCACGAGCACGAGAACGACGCAUGUAUAUGGAAGGAAGAGAAGAACAAGAACAUCUUGCUUUGUUACAGUGGUAUCACUGGAGAAAGUGGUAUUACGCGACUUGACGAACAAUACAAGAGAAGAUUGAGAGUGUUUGAGAUUGAUUUCGACAAGAACCAAAUCUUGAGUUGGAAGAGAACCAAGGAGCAAUCGCUUGACCCACAGGCUAUCUGGCCUAUUGGAACCAAAAAAAAAACCAAAGCAGAAAAAGACGACCCAGAGCUCACAAAACAGGUUCCUCAAGUCAGCAGUGCUCUUUUCUUCCAAUACAACGAAGCCAUCAAGCCUCCAUACCAAAUCCUUUUGGAUACUAACUUUUUCAACUUCUCGAUCCAGAAAAAGAUCGAUAUCGUUCGUGGUCUCAUGGACUGCUUGUACGCCAAAUGUAUCCCAUCGUCACUGACUAAGUUGGGCCCCAAGUACCGUAUUGCAUUGAAACUUGCCAAAGAUCCUAGAAUCAAGAGACUUAGUUGUUCACAUGGUGGCACGUAUGCCGAUGACUGUCUUGUGAAUAGAGUGAUGCAGCAUAAGUGUUACAUUGUGGCUACUAAUGAUGCUGAUUUGAAAAGAAGAGUGAGAAAGAUUCCAGGUAUUCCAAUCAUGGGUGUUGGUGCUCACUCUUAUGUUGUCGAGAGGUUGCCCGAUGUGUUUUAG